UUUAAAUAUCAAACACGCUCUUGUGGAAAAUAGUGGCGAGGAGCAGAGCUGCAGGAGGCGGCGGCGAUGGCGACUUUCCGCGUCGCCUGCGCGUCAGAGUGCCGCCUGGCCAGCACCGGCUGGGGCAUCGACGACGUGAAGCUCGCCAAGAAGGCGUGGGUGUGGGGGAGCGGGAUUCAGCAACUUCGCUUCGUGAAGUCACGUUGCAACUUUAGCACCGUUAUCCACCGCGCACCAUGCAUCUAACGGCCACAAUGGUCUGCAAGCAAAAACGAUCUCCUCCAGAAUAUUUUCCCCACGGGCUGGAUGGAGAAGGCGGGAGGGAUUCUUUUUCCGCGCGCCAGUACGUCACCCUGCUCUUCCGCGUGCGCCGCCCCGCCUCGCCCUCCCUCGCACGGCCGCACCGCUCUCCCGCGCGCCGCCCCGCCCUCCCUCGCGCCGACCUUCGCGCCUCCCCACCGUCCCGCGCGCCUAUCUGCGCCUGCCCAGAGGCCAGAGGAGGUGGAGCUCGCUGGACAGGAGGAGAAGAAGCCUGGCGUACUCCGCGUAUGGCUCCAUGCCGCCGCCGGUGUGGGAACUGGGACGGCCAGCGCUGCAGGCGUUUCGUCGUCCCGCCGGUGAGGUACGAGGUGGAGGUGGACGCCAUUAGCUCCGAGAAGCUGGCCUUCGUCCUCGGCGCCGUCUUCACCGUCGGCCCCAGGAGGAUCGACGGCGGCGACAAGCCUGACGGGGACGGGGACCCGCCAGAGGAAGUACUUCUCCUUCCUCUGGCGGAUGACGUGACAGGGGGCGGUGAACCAGGCCAAGGUGGACAUGGCAGUCGGCGACAAGGAGCACUUGCUUUAUAUGGGCAGCGACCAUCAUAUCCCAUAGCAUCGCCCUUGGUGGCCAGCCGCAUUUGACCUCUACUUUCUAGGUAAUUUCUCUUAAAAUAUAAUAUCAAUCGCUAAAGACUCAACAUAAUCUUAAAAUCACCUUGAAUACAAAUAUAUUGAUGCAAAUUGCAUGCAUUAAAUGUAUAUAUAAUUUUAUUAAAUUAUAGGUCGAAGUUUGUGAAAUUUAAUUUUUUUUUCUAGUCAAAAUAUGUGCAAGACUAUUUAAGGAAGUGAUGGAAGGAGUAACUAUUACAUUUCUGGACAGACCAAGUAACUAAUAUAUGUGCAACGUCAAGAUCACCUUAUCUGUGGCAACUGCAUGCUCUCUGGCAUCUUGCCUAUCUAUGUCAAGAAUAUUACUUGCCCGUGCAAGACUAUUGAUGUUGGUUUAUCUGCAUAUUUUCAUCAAUGCUGAGGUCUGCCUGGUACUGCCGUUUCCCUAAAAUCUGAUUUCAGGGGAGAAAAAAAAUCAACUCUGGUCUCUUGUGUACCGAAAAUUACAGGUGUAAUUAAUUUGCAGGUAAUCCAGAGUUUCCGAACAGGCCCUAAAAACACCAUAGCACUUGACUAGCCACGCCAUGCAAACAUGAGAAGCAAACAGAUAGCGACCACCAGGCGAGUAAUAUUAGAAAGUAGCGAAGUGCGAUGCUUAGAAGCUGUUGUCAACGACAUGAGCAGGUUUCAAGUUGAAUGGCAGAUGGAUCAACUUGACCCUGAUGCCAGCUUCCUCUGGAUCUUUUUGGGCAAAUAGCACAAGCCGUCUAGCAGAGGGUUUCCAGUUUCGAAUCA